AUGGUCCUGGAGUCUGUGGAGAUGGUCCUGGAGUCUGUGGAGAUGGUCCUGGAGUCUGUGGAGAUGGUCCUAGAGUCUGUGGAGAUGGUCCUGGAGUCUGUGGAGAUGGUCCUAGAGUCUGUGGAGAUGGUCCUGGAGUCUGUGGAGAUGGUCCUAGAGUCUGUGGAGAUGGUCCUGGAGUCUGUGGAGAUGGUCCUAGAGCCUGUGGAGAUGGUCCUGGAGUCUGUGGAGAUGGUCCUGGAGUCUGUGGAGAUGGUCCUGGAGUCUGUGGAGAUGGUCCUGGAGUCUGUGGAGAUGGUCUUAGAGUCUGUGGAGAUGGUCCUGGAGUCUGUGGAGAUGGUCCUGGAGUCUGUGGAGAUGGUCCUGGAGUCUGUGGAGAUGGUCCUGGAGUCUGUGGAGAUGGUCCUGGAGUCUGUGGAGAUGGUCCUGGAGUCUGUGGAGAUGGUCCUGGAGUCUGUGGAGAUGGUCUUAGAGUCUGUGGAGAUGGUCCUGGAGUCUGUGGAGAUCAGGAAAAGAACGCCACGUCUACUCGAAGCACUGAACGCCCUCUGUCCAGAGAAGCUGAUGACCAGAUCCUUUCCCUGA